AUGGAGUGCACGACUGGCUGGCGCUCCAUGAGUCCGAGCGAUCAAUUUCGGAAGGGAGAACCAGCACCCCAAAAUAACAGAUAUGGCAGUGCUGGGGAUAACCACAGAUCCCCAUCAUCAUCUUCAAACUAUGGCUUGUGCGUUAACACAUCCACUCAUUUGCCUAGCGUAUUGUUCCCUGACAUCGCCAUGCACCGUGUAGCCAACUUCCAGGUCAAAAACAACGGUAGCAUCGACAUUUUCGUUAAUCUGGAAGAACCGGUCCCCCCUGGCGAAACAUCCCCACCAUUCAGUUCUUCUGGGACGUACAUCAUCCGGUCGACACUUGAGAAUUCGCCACUCCCCCCGCGUGAGAUUGUUGUCACAUUCUCUCCAGCAGAGACAUUCGAAGCCAAGGCGAUCAACGGACCUAAUUUGAAUGUUGACUUUAUUGUGAAGUUCGAUUUCAAGAAAGGCGAUCUUAUUUCGUCGUUGAACCCAGUCUAG